AUGAAGCACCCAUUAAGUUCAACAACCGAGGAUACUAGUAUUCCCAAAACAAUAGAUUUGGAUUUUUCAAGAAUCCUCAGUGGCGACAAAAGAAAAAAUCCAUUUUCAAAAUGCAGUACAGAAACAAACAAGAAAACUAAAUUGGAAUCAGAUACACAAAUUGAAGAAUCAAAUGAUAAAACACUAUUUGCUCUUCUGAAAUUACCAUCAAAAGUUGUUGAAAAGCCACCUAAAGAAGUUGACACAGAGAAACUUUCUACAUUUUCAAACCUUCUACAGAAAUUUACAGCUGAUCAUACUGUAGAAACGAUCGCAGUAGUCCUUGAGACUCACCGGCCAACCCCUUCCACUCAAACUACAAAUGACUCCAGCUUCGUCCGCUGCCUGGAUACAUCAUCGCCGACCCUGGACACGAGCCCGCGCGCCCGCUUCCACCAGACAUGCCUCUACUGGCAGCACCCGCAGCUGCCCUGGCUCCAGCUGUUCCCGCGCUCUACGGGCCGCGUGGCCGCAGCCGGCGCGCUCGCCAACAACGUGCAGAUCCGCGAAGCCCUGCACCGCGACUGGACCGAGAGCUUCCGCUCCUUGUUCCAGAACAACGUGCAGAUCCGCGACGCCCUGCAUCGCGACUGGACCGAGAGCUUCCGCUCCUUGUUCCAGAACAACGUGCAGAUCCGCGACGCCCUGCAUCGCGACUGGACCGAGAGCUUCCGCUCCUUGUUCCAGAACAACGUGCAGAUCCGCGACGCCCUGCAUCGCGACUGGACCGAGAGCUUCCGCUCCUUGUUCCAGAACAACGUGCAGAUCCGCGACGCCCUGCAUCGCGACUGGACCGAGAGCUUCCGCUCCUUGUUCCAGCUCCUGCGCGCCCGCCACUGCCCCUACUUCUACGUGUGCGCGAACACGUUCACGUGUUUGUUCCGCGCCGCGGGCAUGUGCGGCGUGUCGGAGCCGUGCGCCCUGAUAGCGCCCACCACGCGCGGCUUCAGGCAGACGCUGCGCCAGGAGGAUGUCGAGUUCACGAUGCCGCUCCGGCCGAAGGAUAACAAGAAGCGUCUGAACAACUCUGAAGAGGGCCGCCCGAAGAGUUCCUCCUUCGACAGCUGCUACGACACGAUGGAUGACGCGAAGACCGCCCAGGACGCCCAGGGGGACCACCUCUCCGGGGACGAGGAGGACCCCGAUCAGUUUCUGUCGCAGCUAGGCUUGGAGAGUGAAGACCUCAGGAAGAUUAACAACGCGCAGGCGCGGCUGGCGCACAGCGCGGAGAGCAGCGUGGACAGCGCGGCCGCGUCGCUGGUGGCGGUGCGCGGCGCCGACGCGCAGGCGCUCUUCAACUUCCUGCUCAACUGCAAGUCGGUGGCGGGCGACACGGGCGCGCUGGCCGGCGUGCCGCCCACGCUGCUCGCGCCCACCGCCUUCCACGGCGGCGCGCUGCACUCGCUGCAGUUCCGCGAGAACACGGUCCACGUGGACAGCAAGAAGUACUACUCGAUCGAGCUGCGGGGGCCCAUCCUGCCCACGACGGUGCCGGCGCUCUUCAAGGUGCUGCGCUCCAGCUCGGCGGCGCACUUCAGCGCCACCUUCGCCCACCUGCAGCCCACGCUGGCCUUCUCCUGGGCGGCGGAGAGCAUCGCCGAAGAUGAAUCCACAAAAGAAAAUGAGCCAAAUCAUUUCACAAAAGCUUUCAACAAAGAGAAUUUAUCUGAUUGUGGAAUCAGUGAAGAGAUGCUUCAACUAUUUUGUUCUUCAGACCCCAGUUUAGUGAAAUCUUUGGACAGUGUUAAGUACAAUGCAGAAGAUGAUACUUAUACUUGG